CCCCCCUCACUGUGCCCACUCCUCCCAGUGCGACCAGCCCCGACCCCCCUCACUGUGCCCACUCCUCCUGGUGUCACUGCCCCGACCCCCCUCACUGUGCCCACUCCUCCCGGUGACUCUGCCCCGACCCCCCUCACUGUGCCCACUCCUCCUGGUGUCACUGCCCCGACCCCCCUCACUGUGCCCACUCCUCCCGGUGCAACCAGCCCUGACCCCCCUCACUGUGCCCACUCCUCCCGGUGCAACCAGCCCUGACCCCCCUCACUGUGCCCACUCUUCCGAACAUUGCUGCCUGCCCUUAGCCAGUCUUUGUUCUUGCCGCCGUGAGAUGGAGGCCCUUUCCGUGUCUGGGGGAUCUUGCCAUCCAGUGGCUCCUAAACGUUUCGUCGUUCGCGAAGUGGAAUGGCGUCGUGACCAGUAAAGUGGUUGCUGUGUAUGGAACACUGUCGGACCUGCUGUCUGUCGCCAGUAAUAAGCUGAGCAUUAAAGCAGCUCACCUCUACAAUGGGAAGGGUGGUCUCAUCGACGACAUUGCUCUCAUCCGACCCUGAGGGGCAGCAGAAGAACUCUGAGGCCAAAUCGAGCACUUGCACUGACUGGAUAACACUAAACGUUGGAGGACAGUAUUUCACCACUACACGGAGCACUUUAGUGAAUAAGGAGCCGGAGAGUAUGCUUGCUCACAUGUUCUGUGAUAAAGACGCGUGGGGCAACAAGACCGACCACCAGGGGGGCUUCCUCAUCGACCGGAGCCCCGAGUACUUCAUGCCGAUCCUGAACUACCUGCGGCACGGCCAACUCAUCGUUAACAAGGGCCUGAACCUGCUCGGCGUCCUCGAGGAAGCCAAGUUCUUUGGCAUAGACUCGCUAAUUGAACAGUUGGAGUUGUUGAUUAAGAACUCCCUGCCUGCCGAAGACCACUCUCCCAUCUCCCGGAAAGAGUUUGUCCGCUUUCUCCUGGCCACGCCCACCAAGUCGGAGCUCCGUUGCCAGGGCCUGAACUUCCGCGGGACCGAUCUGUCGCGACUGGACCUCCGCUACAUCAACUUUAAGAUGGCGAAUCUCAGCAAUUGUAAUCUCAGCCAUGCCAACCUCUGCAGUUCGAAUCUGGAGAGGGCGGACCUGUCUGGUGCUAUACUCGAUGGUGCUAACCUCCAGGGGGUGAAAAUGCUGUGCUCUAACGCCGAGGGGGCAUCGCUGAAAGGCUGCAACUUUGAAGACCCCUCCGGCCUCAAAGCCAACUUGGAGGGGGCAAACCUGAAGGGAGUGGACAUGGAGGGGAGCCAGAUGACCGGCAUUAACCUGCGGGUGGCCACCCUGAAGAACGCCAAGCUGAAAAACUGUAACCUCCGAGGGGCCACGCUGGCUGGGACGGACCUGGAGAAUUGUGACCUGUCUGGCUGUGACCUGCAGGAGGCGAACUUGCGAGGGUCCAACGUGAAAGGUGCCAUCUUUGAAGAGAUGCUCACCCCUUUGCACAUGUCUCAGAGCGUCAGAUAGAUGGGAGAGGAGGAGAGGGAGGUGGUGAGGGAUGGAGAAACAAAACCCUCACCUCCCUCUCCCUCCCUCCCACCGGCUCCCCCUUCCUUUGGGGACGGACCCCCACUCCUGCCCACAGACUCACUUCGAUCCACCUGGAACCCGCAGCGCUCAGCAGCCAUUGAGCUUCAAGGAAUGGCUUUAUCACCCAGCUGCCACCUCCCUAACACCACUUCCUCCCCACAAACACACUCACUCGUGCUCCCUCUGUCUCUCUCCCUCUGUCUCUCUCCCUCUGUCUCUCUCCCUCUGUCUCUCUCCCUCUGUCUCUCUCCCUCUGUCUCUCUCCCUCUGUCUCUCUCCCUCUGUCGCGCUCUGUCUCUCUCACGCGCGCCCCCACUCGCCCUCUCUCGGGCACGCGCGCACCCCCACUCUGGCACAAUCCUGUCCCCUCCAGCCUUGGCUUGGAUACACCACGUAUAUGUUUGACCCAGCCUCCCUCCCACUUGCUCUGCAUCGUCUUAAAUAUAUAAAUGCACAUAUAUCUAUACCCACACACAGAAGAAGUUAGGUCUGGGUUCACCAGUGCGGGAACAAAGCCCAAACAACGGUGACAGACUCGAGAUGCCCCACAGCCCCCCGGCAUGAGACUGGCACUUGCCAUGUGCAAAGGCGAUGCAAACAGUUCACACGCACACAGGGCACAGCUGUAGGUUCCCACUUUGGGAAGAGCGCUCGCCCCGCUUGCCUACCUCAUGGAGUUAGUUGGCUCUGGGGCGUGCAGCGAGACGGUGUCCUGUACGCUGUGAGAUUUGAGGGGGGUGUUGGGCAUGGGGUGGUGGGGAAGUGAAGCUACUGCCCGUGUCAGUGCUCGAGAGGUGGGCUUGUGCCACACAGCGGUUCGGUGCCUCACCCGUGUUCCGUGGACUGCGGCGAAUUUCCCUGAGUGCUCUCUGUUGGGUCAGCCUCAAGCUUCGUAGGGCACAGUUAGCGUUGAUGCCCACGGAUUGGGAGGACAGAUGCCUGGCACUGCAUCUCUCUCACCGUAACAUUGGAGACUCUUUCUCCCCCCCCCCCCCCCCCCCAGAACCUGACCCACCAGCUCCAUCAUUGAGUGCCGCACAGUGAAUCCUGACCCUUGCCUUGCCAGCGCCUUCCUGGAGUGGGCAAAACGACAAGCCCUGAAGACAUACCGCACAGCGUUGGCCCGUGGAGCCCAGACUCGAUUGCUAGAUGAGGACAGUACGGCAGGGGGCUGGAAGGGAAUUCGAGAGGCAUUUUAUCCACCACGCUGCACUGGGGCACGGAGUGCAAUUUGGCUGUUGUAAAGUAAAGAAGAAAUCUCACGCUCUGUGUCUCUUUACAGGGAUUCUUCCCGAGCACAUACCCACUUGGGUUUCAACACUGUAAUGCUGCGUCAUUGCAAUGUCAUGUUGACUGUACAUUUCCCGUCUUGUUAAAUUAAAGAAUAUUUACAGGACAGC